AGAGAGCAAGAGUGGGAGAGAGAAGUUAUUGGAACAUAAAGCUCUCACAAAUCAUUUUGUCACCAGCAAGCUCUGACAGGCGUAGAGGGAGUGUGUUACAAGAGGGAACUAAUAAAAAGAGUGCUGUGCCGAAGAGAAAGGAAGUGUGAUGGACUCUUUUACUCAAGACUGAAGUCAAAAGACAUAAAAGUGGACAGACAGAACAAAAGUGAGGUGAUCAUUCACUGCCGGCACUACUGCAUUACACUCUUGGACUCUUCUGGAAGCUCUGUUUAUUUCGCUAUUUUCAUUUACUCCAUCUGUCACUCGAGACUUGUGGGUUGGAUGUGGUUAGUUUGAUUGGCCUGACACAUUAUAUCAUCGAGGCCAAAACAUCAGGGUAUUUUCCAAGAGGAUCUGUUUUCCUUUCAAUUCCUAAGUGAAGUAGUGUUUGUGUGUGUGUGUGUGUGCAGCAUUAGGCAUGUAAAUGGAUCCACCACUUGUCAUUGAAGAGGGAACAGCUUGUUUGGAGGGAACAUGAGGUAGUAGCUUUUUGUAGAACCAAGUUUAAACAAGUAUCUUAAUCAAAACUUGCUUCUUAUUUUACUAAUCUAAAGUGAAGCUUUUGCUCUGUCCUGAGUUAUUAGAACUUGCUGGAGUGGUUGACAGCAUUGCCCAUAAUGAAGAGAUUUGAAUGCAGCUUGUUUACUAGACCUUUGCAUGUUAGCUGAAAUAUUUUCAGAUUCUGCAAGUCAUCAUUACUGUUAUCUGACUAUCUGUAGGCUGAGUCAAAGCUUCCGGAAAAUUAAUCUGGCCGGGGAUCCUCUGAUCAAACUUCUAAGGGAAUCGCUCAGCUAUCAUAAGUGGACACAGCUGUUGCCUUGUUGGGAAUGCCGGUUGUAGCAUGCUGGGUUAUUGAGACUUGUUUAGAGGGUUCUAUGUGAGCUGACAAACCUUUGGGUGAAGCGUCAAGACCAGGGAAGCAAGCUGUGAGUAGAGGGGAAAAGUUAGUGAGCAAACACGCCUAACAGACGUGUCAUUGUGUCUGGACGUCUGCGUGUGUUUUCACAGCAGGGCUGAAAGCUUGUCUAAGACUACUUGAGAGUCAGUCCAGACACGUGGACGUGAACAAGCAUUUCUGUGUGCGACUGCCAGCAAUGAGACAGUGCUAAACUUGUGCCAAAACGAAAAAAGCUCUCUAUUUGCUUGUGUCUCUAUAUGUCAAGGCUGAGUUGCAUUCAGAGGUGUGCCCUAGGAAUCCUGCAUGCUGUGGAACUCUACGCCAUCUGGAUAUAGCUUUGAGACAGGUGAAAUAUCAGGAAUCUCCCUAAUCCAACAGACAUCAUCUGUUUUGUUGUGUCAUUUCAAGGUGCUUUCCAGCAUCACCAUCAGGUAGCAUUGCCUCUGCAACCAGUAAACACUACUGCUUUUGUUUGAUCUAAACACUUUACAUCAAUCCCAGGUUUCUGACGAGCCACUUGGCUUCUUUAAAACUGAUUCAAGACAGUUUGGAUACAGAUUUGCCACUAUGAGGUUGUUGUUCUUGGCAUUGAUGCCCCUGUUCAUGGUGGCUGGAACGGAUGGUAUGUCCACCUGUAAGACUCUAGACCUGGAGGUGGUGAAGAAAAAGAGGAUAGAGGCCAUUCGUGGUCAGAUCCUCAGCAAACUGCGCAUGGCCAAAGAACCUGAAGCUGAGAAAGAAGAUAAAGGGCAGAAGGUCCCAGAAGCCCUGCUCUCUCUGUACAACAGCACAGUUGAACUGAGCGAGGAGAUGAGGACGGAGCCUGUCCCCGUGCAGGCAGAAGAUGAAGACUACUUUGGCAAGGAGGUGCAUAAGUUCAUCAUGAAGGAAGUCCAGAAUGAAACGAAACAUCAGCUCCUUUUUAACGUGUCAGAGAUGCGACAGAGUAUUCCUGACUACAGGUUGCUGUCGCAGGCUGAGCUAAGGCUUCGGAUCAAGAAUCCCACCAUGGGUCAGGAGCAGAGGCUAGAGCUGUACCAUGGAGUGGGCGACCAGGCCAGAUAUCUGGGCACACGUUUUGUCUCAAAGGACUGGGCCGAUCGCUGGCUCUCAUUUGAUGUGAAACAGACAGUCACAGAAUGGCUGCAAAGUUCAGAAGAUGAAGAAAGUUUAGAGUUGAGGUUAUACUGUGGCUGUAAAACCAACAAAGACCAGCAGAGUGGUGAUAACUUCCUCUUCACCAUAUCAGGACUAGGCAAGCCAAGAGGUGAUAUGUCUGCCGUUGCAGGCAUGAUGGUGAAACCAUAUAUCUUGGCUUUAUCUUUGCCCUCUAAUGGCAACUCUCUUGCGUCCGUUCGCAGGAUACGAGCCACUGGCACUGAUGAAACUUGUGAUGAAAAAACUGAGACCUGCUGUAUGCGGAAGCUUUACAUCGACUUCCGGAAAGACUUGGGCUGGAAGUGGAUCCACAAGCCUAAGGGCUACUUUGCCAACUACUGCAUGGGGUCCUGCACCUACAUCUGGAAUGCAGAGAACAAAUACUCUCAGAUAUUAGCCUUGUACAAACAUCACAACCCCGGUGCGUCUGCCCAGCCUUGCUGUGCACCUGCAGUCUUAGACCCACUGCCAAUUCUUUACUAUGUGGGAAGACAACACAAGGUGGAGCAGUUGUCCAAUAUGGUGGUGAGAAGCUGCAAGUGCAGUUAGUUUAUCUAGCCGCAGAACAUCUGUUUAUCUCAAAGCUCUCCAUGACUCUCUCCCUCUGGAUGGUAAACAAGCAAACGCAUGGUCCUACAAAGAGACGGACUUAUAGAGUCUCUGUGACCAAGGAAAUGAGGAGCUGAGAGAUCUGACAUGGAAAAAGCCACAGGAAUGACAGUUGGUGAAAGUUGAAGGAAAAGAGAAAAUAGCAGACUUUAGAUUUCUUUUUUGGCUCUACCCCUCCACAGCGGCACAAGAACGCAAACAUUACAUAAAGCAUUUCACCAAACAAGCUCAAUAUUAAACCAAAAAUAUGCUUUAUCUUUCUAAAAAAAUUUUUUUUUUUUUUUUUUUUUUAACAUUAUUCAUACCCAUUAAUUUAUUUUGCUGGUUAUGUUAAUGAUUUGAUUGUACCAUAGAGGCAGCCAUGUAGCGUUGCAUGCCAAAUGUACAAUGAAGAUUUCUUAUGGUGCUGUAUUGAGGAAGGAAAUUAUGUCACAGGAACAUCCAUCUAUGAGUAAAUCAACAGUAAAUAACACACCUAAAGAGAUGACAACCGUCUUUGCACUAAAAGAUGGAGAGGAAGACUAUAGACUGAAGGUCCCAGGAGUUCAUGACAAUGGUUCAAUGGUGGGUUUUUUAAUGUGCAGACAGCUUCCUUCAUUUAAGGAUCUUACCUGAACAGGUGCAUGUAAGAGACUCUGGCUAUAGAACCAGUUGAUGUCAUCUCUUGGAAGUGGGAGGAAUUCAAGGAACACUAGACCAUAGAAUUGAAGCCAAGUCUUCUAGCAAAUCUUCAUGACACUGAUGGACCAUGAAGGCCAUGUCCUAAAGUGGUCAUAUGCUCCCUAAUUACUGCACAGUAUCAAGUGUCAAAGGAGUACUUCUUUUAAAAACCCUUUCAGGUCCUCCUGGGGUCAGUCCGUUAUUUCAACAUCAAGUGAUUUUAAAGGUACAGUAUAUGUCAGUGAAUCUCACCAAAACAUGUCCAGGUCAUAUAUUGCUACAAAAUCAAAAGAAAACAUAAGAAAUUAUAUUUUGCAUAAACUAUAAAGGUUUUUGUGACAUUAUUUUCAUGGCAAUUAAUCUCUUACUGUAAUGCAAACAUUAUUUUAAUUACUUCAAUGCUUCCAUAUGUUUGUCAUUUGAUUUUUUUUAUUUUUUUUUUAUUUUUUUUUUAUCCCAUUAUUCCUAAUGGUGAUUCUUAUUAGGUUAUCAUUGUUGUAAUUCAGUACCUUUUUAUUGUAUAAGAGUAAAACAAAUUAUUUUAAUACACCACAAUAUUUUUGUCUUAUUUUCUGGUACAAAUAUCUUAACAUCCUUAUACUGAUUUUAAUCUAAAUAAAUAAAAAAAUAGUACAACAAAUACUACGAUUUAUAAAAAACUUUUUACAAAUUUUAUUUAUUUAUUUUUUGAGAAUGUUUUAAUUUUGAGAAUUUGAAGAGGAAAUGUGCUUUAUACUGUAGUUGUAUUAUAAUUCUUACAAUGAAAAAAAAUUGUAAUGGUCCUAAAAUUAGGCAAACAUUUUUCAUGUUAAAACAUUUUCAAAAAUGUUUUUGUUUGUUUGUUUGUUUGUUUGUUUUUUGGGGUGACAUAGGACCCGGACAUGUUCUUGACAGGUUUCAUGAGAUUCACCCGUGUUUGUGCAAGUGUGUAACAUUCUGUUUAAGUGUGGAAUUUGUGUUAUUAAAUAAAUAGUUCACCCAAAAAUGAAAAUUCUCCAAUCAUUUCCUCACCUUCAUGCCAUCCCAAAUGUGUAUGACUUUCUUUCUUCUGCAG